UAAAGUGGUGAAAACCUUUAAAUUAUGAACAGGUUAUCUAGGUUACGAGAGAGCGGUUUGUUGACACACUGGUUCAACCAGUAUAUCCCCAAAAUUGACAAAUGUUUCGUCGGAAUCCGCCACGUAGCUAAAGUUGACAACAGCAAAGUAAAAGCAUUAAAUAUUCAUGACGCAACUAGUCUUUUUCUUGUGUUCAGUGCUGGGCUUUCCGUUUCGUUGUUGGCUUUUCUUGGAGAGCUAUUAUUCCGUCAUUUCGCGAAGGCUAACAAAUAAUACCUGCUUACUUACAUAGCUGGAUAAAAAAAUUAUAACACAUGGCAAAACAAAAUCAAUAUCGACUGAAAAUCAUAGAAGAAUGUUGUUAUUCUUGGUGUUCUCUUAUCACUGUAUUAUGUAGGAAUAUUAGGCAAGCAAAUAAAACAAUACACUACCCAUACAAAUUCAAACCACAUUCAAACUGCCGCCAGAGUUACAUCGUUCCGCAGUUUAGUCAUCUACCACGACGAUUUCCACGGUUUAGUCAUCAAUCAAAUUAAACAGUCGACACAUCCACUGAUCAACAAGUGGUUUGUUUGUGUUCUCUAAUAAGAAAAAACAACUUUUGUUCAUAAUCGAAUGACAUCGUCUCAAAUGUCGAAUCCUUCUAAAGUCUCCCAGCGUUUCGUUUUGAUUCGUCCCUUCUCUCAAGGCGACGAAAUAGAUUGCAAGAAAAUUGCCGGCUUUAGUGUAAUGUCAACAGUUAACCGCACAUUCUUUUCAGCUUUGUUUCGCGAAACAACAUUCCAGUUGAUGGUGUUCCUUUCAGCUGUGUUAUUCAUCAUAGUGGGAAUUCCCUUCUUCUACUGUGCAAUAUCUGUGCCAUUGACAAUAACUUUUCUCUAUUCGGCAAUAUGGAGCAGUGCCAUGAUGAAAAGUCUUGAAAUUCAAAAUGAAUUAUCUCUAGUGAAGCAGCAAUAUCAAGAAUCAUCAGACAAGACCACAUUUCUGGUAGCUGAAUACUAUGGCCCUCAUUUAGAUCUGAACCCAGGAGAAAACAUUACUUUUAUCAACCUGUCAAAUUUCCAAGGAUUAGAGGAUGAACUUUCCAACAAAUCAAAGAAAAUUGUUGGAUUCUUGGGCAUAACACGAAACAAAGAUAAAGCCUGCAGCAGCUGGCUAAGACGAUUUGCAGUUGAUCAACAAUUCAAAAGAAAGAAAAUUGCUACUGAAUUAAUAUCGACUGCAUCUCACUUUUGUUAUGAACGAGGAUACGCCUCAAUUGAAGCCUGUAUUACCGAGUGCCAGCAAGAGGCGAAAGAAUUCUUUCUUCACCAUGAAUUUGAAUUGGAGCAACUCUACCACAAAAGUAUUAUGGGUAGCACAGCUGUAUACACUAAGUACCUUUUCAGGAAAGAUUUGAAGCAUACCAAGUCAGCACUUAAUGCUUAGAUUCCCCAGGUCAAGCGUGCAACGUGAUCUGUCUUUCGUUUUGACGACUGGAUGAAUCCGAGUAACUGCAGCUGCGCGACCGCUCGAAUAAAACGUGCUUGAAUGAUUGGCUCAAUUUCUUCAUUGUCGUCUUCAUCGUCCUGUUAAAAAUUUGAAUACAAUUCGUCUUUGUACUAUUUUGGAAAAACAAAA